AUGGCUCGUCAGCCAGAGACAAGGGGCCAAAUAAAAUUGUUGAUGGCUGAUCGCAAAGGCGAAGAAGUUGUCAUCACACCUGUUCUGAGCAAUGUUAUAUUUUGCCAUCAAGAAGAUUCUAACUGGCCAAUGGAUGAGGGAAAGAAACUCAAGGAGAAGUUUGAUUCCAUAUUCGAUGCAACAAAACUUAAUAAAUGUUUGGAACACAUCAGAGAUCUUAGGAAAGCAGUAAAUACAGAAAUCAGCACUGAUGAGAAACUUCUGAAAUCACAACAAGAGAUAAAAGAUGAGACUGUUUCAAAAAAGAAGGAUUUACAAGAGGCAGAGAGUCGUCUGGCAGAAGAGAACUGGAGCAAGCAAAAACUAACUGGGAAACUGCUUGUCCAAGAACUUGAUGAAGAACAGCUGAAAAAAGAAAUUAGAGAUCAGCACCAAGAGAGCAACAGGCUGGAUGAUAAGCUAGUUAUUGUGGAUAAAGAAGUUCAGACAUUGCAGCUGUUGAGUAGUGAGCAGGCACAGCUUGAUAUCCAGAACAAACUGAAGGCAUCUAAGGAGUCCGAACUCAAAAAACUAAAGAACAAACACAAUGAAGCACUGCGCCACCUUUUGUUUACAGUGCCACAACAAAAUUUGAAACAUGACUUGGAUGCUUGCAUGCUUCAACUGACUCGUCAGAUCAACAACAUCAAUGAGAAGAUAAAUAGUAAGCAGAAUGAGGCGGCUGCACUUGAAGUGAAACGAGCCCAUCACAAGGAGCAGUUGGAUUUGAAAGAAAGAGAGCUGCGAAAAUUUGAAGAAGAAAUAUAUGAUUUGUGUGGCAGGGAGUUUGAAGCCGCUUCUGAAGCUGCUGAACUUGCAUAUGAACUGAGUAAUAAAGUCAGUGAAGUCCCAGCACGCCUUCAGGACAAUAAGAAAGAACUAGAAAAUAAGCUAAAGGAAUAUGAUAAACUUUUGCAAAUGAAACCUGCUUAUGAAAGAACUGAUAUCAUGCGCACCAAGGAGAUACCAGAAAUGAAAGAGUCACUUCAUCAAACAGAAGAGGCUUUAGAUGCAGCUCGGAAACAGAUUAAAGAUUUGAAGGAGCAGUUACUGGGUCCAAAAGCAAAGGAGCAGAUGGCAAAGGAUAUCCAAGGAGAUGUAGUCCGCAUUGAUCAGUUGCAGACAGAACUGCGCCGCAUAGACAAAGAAAUUCAGGAGCUGCAGUCUAAGAUGCCCACAGGAUCGUCACGCUCCAUGGAGGAAGCCCUGGCAGAGCAGGAGGAGCUUCGAGCACAAGUCAGUGCUAUUCAGCGUGCACUCCACAUGAAGCAGGAGUCACUGAGAAGGCAUUCAGAGAGAGUCAACCAGCUGAGGGAGCGCAAAAAUGUACUUAUGGAAAAGAAAUUGAAGCUCGAAAGUGGACAGCAGAAACGUCGACAACUGGAGGAACGUUUGCAGGAGUUGCAAAGUAUGCAUGUGAUGAUACAGUCAGAAAUUGAGGUGCUCGAGACCCGACUUCAAGAAGCUAGAGAGACACUUGAUUCUGCAGUGCAGUCAAAAAAUAUUAGAGUUACAGAAAAUCGAAAAAAUGUAGAUCAGGGACAAAAUAAGAUUGUUGAGCAAGGAAGGAAACAUGAUGAAAUUUGUAAUUGGCAUAAUAGCAUUCAACGGUAUGAACAGAGCGGCAUGAAAGAGAAACUUACGUCAGUUCAAGAAAGAUUGAUAGAACUGGACUCUAAAAAGGAGACCCUUGCAGAUAAAAACAGAAGAACGUGUGAAAACAUUGAUAAGCUUAAAGAAAAAAUUUCAAAUCAGCAGCUGAAAGCAAGAGAACUUGAAGAUAACAAAAUAUUGAAGGAGAAACAGGUAGAAGCUGAAGAACUGAAGAGUGUAAUAGAUAAAGUAAAACAGCGCCUUGCGACGAAUUAA